CCAGCCUCUCCAGUCUCCACUGAGCUCUGCGGCAUGCCUCCCACGGGUGCGCGCGCAUUCACCCCCGCCGUAUACCAGUGAAACAUCCGCAUCGCCGGCACCUUCCCCGCACAUCGCAAUUCUUGAUAUCACGACUCCUCAUCCGCAUUCCAUGGGCAUCUGCUCGUCUUGCCUAGGCGGGCGCUCCGACGAAGACCAGUCGGACGCAUCACAGCUACUCGGGGACGGCUACCAGCCGCAGUACGGCACCCUCGAGGCCCGCCCGCAACACCCUCCACAGCCCGAUCCAGAAGAGAUCCGCCGCGCUCGCGAGGAGCUCGAGCAGAUCUGUGCCGACACGUCCAGCCAGCUCAUCACCGUCGUACACCCAACGGCGCAGUUCGAUGCAGACCAGCCACAGGUCUCCGAGACCACCGACUAUGCCCAGCAUUUCAGCAAGCGCUUUCCCUCGAUCCGCGGCCUGAAGAAGGACUCCAGUGCGCCCGCCGACGCCGACAUGGACGAGGCAGCCUGGCUCGACAGCGUGCUCGGCGGCGACGAGGACGGCGAAGCGCCUGUCAAGGCCGUUCAGGGAGGUCUCACGCGCCAAUUUGGCAAGUGAAUCUAGCGAGGCAGACGUUACGUCGUUGGGCAAAGGCUUGUUGCGCCCUUUUCAUUGCUUGUCUUAUUCCUUUCCGGAUACCCAUAAUUAUUUCCACCCUCAAUUCCCUUUGUCGUAGUCUCGCAUGGGCAGGAGUCUGUCGCACCACCAGGUACAAUGCUACACCGAUAAACUUGUCUGAUCACCUGUUUUUCCCAACAAGGAAGUCAAACAAUACGAGGUACUUCAUG